CGAAAGUUAAACGAGUCGUUUCUUCCCUUAUGUGAACACGCAGUUGAACGUCUCAGCAAAGAAACUCCCAGAAACCCUGUUCCAGCAUGGGCCUGAUGGGUCUGAUCGCCGCCGGAUUGGGUCUGUCGGGCUGGUUUUGUGCACUACUGACCCGCUUCCUCUCCGUGUGGACGGUAAGCGGCACUGUAGACAACACCACGGACUCUCUGGCGAUGCACUUGGACGGGGUGUGGAUACACUGGGAGCAGAAAGGAGACGACUCUCUUCACUGUCACUUCAUCCAGGCGAUGCUGCAGCUAUCGGGGAACUUCCGACCCAUGAGGGAUCUCAUCACAGCGUCAAUCUGCAUCUCGCUUGCAGCGAACGGCCUUUACGUUGUUGGGCGAAAGAGUUCCCCGGCCAAAGUGGUCUCGGGUGUUUUGUUCGUGCUGUCAGGUGUGCUGCUGCUGGUGGUGACGUCCUGGGCGACCCACGACGGCUCUGAAGCGCCGAACGCCGUGACUUCAUUUAAACGAGAGUGGGGGCCGGCACUCUACACGGGUUGGGUCGGAACCGCCCUGCUACUGGUGGGGGGGGGGACACUGGUCAGUACAUGCUGUUUCUCGGCCUCACAUGGUUCUACUUCCUAUGACCUUCCUGCCGGUGAGAGUAAUGACAGAGGUUCUACUUCUUAUGGCUUUGAUCCCUGGGAUUUUUUUGAUGGUUACAUGGAUUAACUCAUCAUCAUCGCCAAACAGAACACACCACACACGGUACAGGCCUUAAAAAGACAUGCAGAACAUUCACACAAUGAGAUGAUCCAUGGGCAUCCCCUUAUUGUGAUUUAUGGAUUACAAUAAACCUCCAGAUUUUUUA